UUCAGAUCUUUAAAAGGAGCACAUCAGUAACAAGGAUAGCACUCUCCACCGGUUAAAAUCCAGAAGUAACAAGAAGACACAGCAAAGCAGAAUCUCUUGGAAAAGAUGGUCCUGGAAACUCUGAAUCCAAUGCACUACAACAUCACCAGCCUUGUACAAGAUACGGUGCCAGUGGCCACAGUGCCCAUACUCCUUCUCAUGUGCUUUCUGUUUCUCAUAUGGAAUCAUGAAGAAACUUCAUCAAUACCAGGGCCAGGAUACUGCAUGGGAAUCGGCCCCCUCAUUUCUCAUGGGAGAUUUCUCUGGAUGGGAGUAGGUAAUGCCUGCAACUACUACAAUAAGACAUAUGGAGACUUUGUGAGAGUUUGGAUCAGCGGUGAAGAAACAUUUAUAAUUAGCAAAUCCUCAAGUGUAUUCCAUGUGAUGAAACACUGGCAUUAUGUGUCUCGAUUUGGAAGCAAGCUUGGAUUGCAGUGCAUUGGCAUGUAUGAAAAUGGGAUCAUAUUUAAUAACAACCCAGCACACUGGAAGGAAAUUCGACCCUUUUUCACCAAAGCUCUGUCCGGUCCUGGUCUGGUUCGUAUGAUAGCGAUUUGUGUGGAGUCAACAGUGGAUCACCUGGACAAACUGGGGGAAGUGACAACUGAACUAGGAAACAUCAACGUGUUGAACCUCAUGAGACGGAUCAUGCUUGACACAUCUAACAAGCUUUUUCUUGGGAUCCCUUUGGAUGAAAAUGCCAUUGUACUGAAGAUUCAGAAUUACUUUGAUGCUUGGCAAGCACUUUUAUUAAAACCUGACAUAUUUUUUAAGAUUUCUUGGCUGUGCAAGAAAUAUGAAGAUGCAGCCAAGGACCUUAAAGGAGCAAUGGAAACCUUAAUAGAGCAGAAACGGCAAAAGCUUUCCACUGUUGAAAAGUUGGAUGAACACAUGGAUUUUGCAUCCCAGUUGAUUUUUGCACAGAACAGAGGGGAUCUGACUGCUGAGAAUGUGAACCAGUGUGUGCUGGAGAUGAUGAUUGCUGCUCCUGAUACUCUGUCUGUGACUCUCUUCUUUAUGCUAAUACUGAUUGCAGAGCACCCCACAGUGGAAGAGGAGAUGAUGAGAGAAAUUGAAACUGUUGUGGGUGACAGAGACAUACAAAGUGAGGACAUGCCAAACUUAAAAAUCGUGGAGAACUUUAUUUAUGAGAGCAUGAGAUACCAGCCAGUUGUGGACUUGAUCAUGAGGAAAGCUUUACAAGAUGAUGUAAUUGAUGGAUACCCUGUGAAAAAGGGGACAAAUAUUAUCCUCAAUAUCGGCCGCAUGCAUAAGCUUGAAUUCUUUCCAAAGCCAAAUGAGUUUUCUCUUGAAAAUUUUGAGAAAAAUGUCCCUUCACGCUAUUUCCAACCCUUUGGAUUCGGCCCCCGGAGCUGUGUAGGGAAGUUUAUUGCCAUGGUAAUGAUGAAAGCAAUUCUGGUGACUCUUCUAAGGAGGUGCAGAGUGCAGACAAUGAAAGGAAGAGGCCUUAACAACAUCCAGAAAAACAAUGACUUAUCCAUGCACCCCAUAGAAAGGCAGCCUCUGCUGGAGAUGGUUUUCACACCAAGAAGAAACACAAAUGAGAAUCAGGGUGACUAAAAUGGAUCAGCAUUAGUUACAGGGCUUUCUCAGCCACUGCCACUAAGAAAUACUCAUCAUUCCUAGUUAAAUACUUAGAGUAAAACGUUUUGUUGCCCCUAAAUGACUACAACACGAGAUGACAACUUGUUCUGCCUGUACAGCAGAACCACAGGCCACAGUUCAAAAGAUAUGCAUAAUUCCUGACUACUUUUUAAAACCAAGUUCAAAGUUAUGCCUUCCCUUUCAAACACUGCAAGUUCAGAGAUUUGGGGUCAACAGAAGAACAUGCCUGAUGUAUGUUUAAUUCUGGCACUACAUGUGUCCUUUUCCCCCCCA